AUGGGGUGCCUGCAGAGCGUGGCCUGCAAGGCGCGGGUGCGGCGGGAGCAGAUCGUGGUGUCGGACGUGUCGGCCACCAUCGAACCGGCGGCCACUGCCAUCGAGGAGAGCUCGCCGGUGGUGCUGCGGUACCGCACGCCCUACUUCCGCGCCUCGGCCCGUGUCCUCAUGCCGCCCAUCGCCCGGCGCCACACCUGGGUGGUGGGCUGGAUCCAGGCCUGCAACCACAUGGAGUUCUACAACACCUACAGCGACCUGGGCGUGUCAAGCUGGGAGCUGCCUGACCUGCGAGAAGGAAGAGUAAAAGCCAUCAGUGACUCGGAUGGUGUGAGCUACCCCUGGUAUGGGAACACCACAGAAACCGUGACCCUGGUUGGACCCACUAACAAGAUCUCCAGGUUCUCGGUGAGCAUGAAUGACAAUUUCUACCCCAGCGUGACGUGGGCUGUCCCCGUAAGCAACAGCAACGUGCCCCUGCUGACUAGGAUUAAAAGGGACCAGAGCUUUACCACGUGGCUGGUGGCCAUGAACACCACCACCAAGGAAAAGAUCAUCUUGCAGACUAUAAAGUGGAGGAUGCGAGUGGAUAUUGAGGUGGAUCCCAUGCAGCUGCUGGGGCAACGGGCACGGUUGGUGGGAAGGACUCAGCAGGAGCAGCCCCGGAUCCUCAGCAGGAUGGAGCCCAUCCCACCCAACGCACUAGUGAAACCCAAUGCCAACGAUGCCCAAGUCCUCAUGUGGAGGCCGAAGCGAGGUCAGCCUAUAGUUGUGAUACCUCCCAAAUAGAGAAGCGCCGGGGCACGCACAUGUGAGGACCUGGCUGCUGUCAGCCUGCUGCAAGCCAACAGGGUUUCCAAGCCAAAGCAGACCUCUUGGGUUCUCCUGCCUUUGUAGCUGUGGUUGGAAACGUGGAUCCUCCUUAAAAAGAGAGCCCAGCUGAGCCCGGGGGGGUGCAGCAGAGGGAUGGCUGAGCUGGAGGGUUUCCCAGGAAGCAGAGCCAAGUACUUCUAGGGGCUUGUAGCUGGCAAAGAGUCUGUCUGACCUGAACCACUUGUUUUGUCUCAUGGGGCACUGCAAGGAGCACGAGUGUGUGACCUGUGCCUGUGGCAAACGCCGCUCCCCCUGCAGCUGGUGGUAGAAGCGGAGGCUGUUCCUGCCGGGCUCGGAGGGCUCCCGUGGGGACCCUUCCUGCUGGGCUGUGGGGGUCCCCAUGGGGUCUAUACCUAUGCAUUUUGGAUGGAUCGCCGGGCUCUGGCGCUGCCCUCUGUGCCUGGCAGGGCUGCCUGGGAGCAGAGCAGGAGCUGGUGGUGCCAUGGCGCUGAGCCGGGCUCGGUGCUGGGCACUGCCCACAGCCCCAGGGGUAAUGGGACAUGUUUUGCAUGCGUCUGGGUGUUUUUGGAGUAGUUGUGAGUGUAGGAGAUGCCGUAGCUCUUUUCCGUCUUGGAGUGAGAUCUAAGGGCAGGUUAGAUGUCCUUUUGUUUUAAGGUGCACUAAAUCUUUGCAGUUCCUCAACCUUCCCUCCCCCACCCCAAAUCCUGACGACCCUUCUCUUCCGGAAGCAAAACCGAUCCUCGGCUGAGUGAGCAGUGGGGGGCGGUGCCAGGUCACCAGCCCAGGUGCUUGCUGGCUCUGUGUGUGGGGGGUACCCCGACCAGCUUGGCUGCUACUGCACACCCAAGUCCCUUACAAGAAGCUGGGUGCUUGCUCAUUUUCCACACAAAUGUUGGCUCACGUGGGGACCCUCCUGCUCUUCAGCCACCCACAGAGCAGGGUGGCUGCUGGCAGGGAUGCCAGUGGAGGGGACAAUGUGGCAUGUCCUUGUAACUCCCCAGGCUCUGCAGGACCAGGGGUGUGAGCAGAGGCAAGCCUGGGUUUGCGUGGGAAGCCACAUCUUGUGCUGUUCCCAAGUGAGAUGUGCACCGCAGUACCCACCGGCAAAGGGGCUCCCCAGGUACCUUAAACCAAAAAUCCCUGUGAAAUCCCCAUGCUACUUACUAUUCUCAGCGGUGUUUGCUGCUGAUUUGAUUCCUUAUUUAUGUUUCCCUUUGGGAGCUGUGCAUUUUUGGUGCCUCAACACACACCUCCCCGUGCCGGGGCUCCCGCUGGGCCUCUCCCUGGCCGGGAACCUGCUGCUUUCGGUGCCUAUGCUAUGGUUUUACUGGGGCUAUGGCCUCGCCGUGGGAAAGGUUUGGAGGGAGCGGGGGCUCUGUACUUUGUUGUGUUUUUCUAGAGCCAAACUUCUACUGGGAGCUUGCUGCUGUCAGAAGAUGUCCCGCUCCUGCGAGACUCUGCCCGUGGUUUUGUGCUGGUGUGGGAUUGACAGUGGCUUUUUCCGUCGCUGCUGUUUUGUUUCUCAAAAGGGGCGUGUGGAGAGGGGUUAGAAACUUUAAGUACAAUUUUCCUUAAUGUUUAGAGGAGGAGGGGUAGGUACCUUUUGGGUUGAAAUAGGGCAGAUCUGUAUUUUUGACCCAGUGGGCAGCACCAGAGGAAGGAGUUCCUUGAUAAAUGGGGGUGGGCUCCCAGCCAGGAGAGGAUGCUGCAUCCAGAGGGGCUCCCCAAGCCUAUGGUGAAGGGCUGGGGCUGUGUGCCAUCCCUCAGCCUCGGGAGUUGCCAGCAGGCUGGGAGAGCAGGGCUGCUGCUGCAGGGAUGCUGGUGAGUUUCUCGUCUUUUUGGGAUGUGCUGGCUGGUUUGAGCCUUGGCAUGUCACAGGCUGCACCAGCGUGACACUAGAGGCUGCUGCUCCUCUCUGUGUGUCUGCAGCACUCUCAGGGAGGUGCUGGGUGCUCCCUGAUGCUGGGCUCAGGGCCUGGCUGCAGGCAGGGUCUGGCUGAGCCCCAGGGCCAUGCCUGUGUUCCCCUCUCUGAAUUCCUGUGCCUGCUCCUUCUCCCAUGGCUGGAUUUGGUGUGCUUAACUGGGUUUGAUGCAUGGGUUGUCUUCCCUCUUUCUUUAACAAAAAAAAAGUUUGUAUAAAAGGUUUGCAAACUGCAGGCAGGGUUUGUGAAAAAACAAGUAGCAGGCAGGGUUUGCAAGGAUUUGAGGGUGUUUUGGGUGUCUGCACAGGGCACAUGUUCCUGUUCAGAGGGAAGCGGUGGGUGAGCUGGAGCCUGGGGGCAGGGUCUGGGCUUAGCCCUGUCACAGCCACACUGAUGGUUGCUCUGAGCCAGAGCCCUUUCCUGCACCCCUCUUUUGUAGGAGCACCCCGUUACCUCAGGGAGGGGGCAGGUCCUGGAGAUGCCCAGCUGCGCUCUCCCCUCUUGCCCUGAGCCUCGGGGUGCCCCUUCCCCUCUCCCCUCAUCCUCGAGUCACUUAUUUAUUUAUUUAUUUAUUUAAGUUAUUUAUUGGUAUUUAUUGACAGCUGGAAGUCGGGGGGUGGGGGGGUGUGUCAUUUGUGCUGCAUGGACAGGGGCAGCUGGAUGUUCCCUCCCCCUUGCCCAGCUCCCCGUAUUUUGGGGUGCUGCUGUGUGUUUGGGAGCAUCGCUGAGGAGGGAUGCUUGCAGGUCCCUGUGCUCUCGUCCCUUUUUGGAGCUGGGGGCAGUGGACAAAGGAAGGGUCAUGCCCGUGGGUGCCUGCAGGGAAGACACCCCGUGCCUGUCCCCUCUCCCGGUGCCGGGCUCCCUCCCGUGACCAGCCGUAUGUAUUGGCUGGGCCUCCUGGCCUUUCCCCGCCCGGCUCCCACUGGCUUUGCUGCUGCUGGUUGCUGGAGCUGGUACAAAGAGCCAGGGCCGUGUGGGCGUCGCUAUGGAGAAAAGCCCAAGCCAGGUAUUCUGCUGCUGCGUGGGGAAAAUCGGAAGGAGAAGAGGAAAGCUGGUUUUGCAGAGUGCCUUAAACACAAAACGACUCUACUGAGUAGGGGGCUUGGACUUGUGUCUCUGGAUGUUAUUACCAACUCAAACAAAUGUUGCAUUUCACUUCUCUGGGAUUAAAGGAAAACCACUGGAGCUGUACUGGA